AUGGUUUGCCUGCCUGCAAACGCAACACACCUUUUUCAGCCUCUUGGUGUGGCUGAUCCUGAGGGAGGGUAUUCUAUUGACAAAACUACUGCGGUAAGAUUUUCCUGUUUGGCCUGGACGAGAUGUCAUUUUUCCACCAACGUAUCGUCAUGCUUUCAUGUGUGUGGGUUGUAUCCACUAUCGCUAGUGAGGAUGACCCAGCGCAUGGCGAUCUACACACGAAAUGGAAGCCCGACGGACUUCCGGAUUGCGGCCUGGUUGAUGGUGGAUCUGGCAAUUCGCCAAGAAGAAAGACGGCCUCUGUUGGCGGUUACAUUUUGA